AUGGCACCUCAGGACAUGUUCAAACGCUCUCGUUUUGAUUUAUUCAGAGGCCGGAAAUUCCAGCCAGUAGAUCAAUACUGGACUCCAGAAGAAUAUGAGUAUGUGGAACAUGACCUCGAUAGACGCCUUCAAUAUGGCUCGUUCAAGUACGACCGUGAGCUAUUCAUUUCUAUCAUCUGCAACGAGUAUGCUCUCCGAGUGUCAGGCCAACGAAUAGAAAUGCUACAGAAAAAGAUGAAAGCAUUAAAAAAGGUGUCCAGCAUCGAAGUCCACCAGAUUCAGUUCGCUCAACUGAAUACGGAGUUAGAGGAGGUUCAAAAGAAAUAUAGACUUCAGGAGCAUCGGCUUUAUAUUGCCGAGUCAAUGAUCCCCGAGCGUCCAUUGAAACAGAACUAUGAUUCCUUGAGGCGGAAUCCAGAUUGCAUCAACAUCAACACCAACGUCACCUGCGUCAGAACCACCCGCACCAUUCCCACCAUCACCGCCACCGCCGCUAUGGCCGCCGCCGACAUGCCCCUCGGGUUCUGGAUUCUGAUGUCGGUGAUUGCCGGCAUCAUCUUUGUCACCCUGGCUUGCCUUUUCCUGAAGCUCUGCCUCCGUCCCGCCUACUACGCCGCCGCCGCCGGCAUCUCCCCUCAGACGGCGCUUACGCACGAGUGGCUGCGGAAGAAGCAGAAAGGCCAAGCGGGCCGCCUCUCAGUUCUCCUUGAAGCCGAAGACCCCGAGAAGAACAGGGAAAAUUUCUAUCUCUUUCCCAGCACUGACGUCCGGCUAGUGCCGCUCCCUCCUGGAUGGAGUGUCCCCAAUCCUCCCCCAGCCUGGAUUCGUCCUCCGGCCGCCGCUGCAGAGGGCCGACGAGAGGCUCUCAAAGCGUUAGCUGGGCUUUGCGGCGCCCUCGUUAAGAAAACGGUCAUGGGCGAUGACCCUAAGUGA